AUGAGCAUCAUAGUGACACUGAGUGAUGCAUACUGCUUUACUAAAAUCAACAGGCCAGGUGAGGCCGACAAAGGCUGUAUCCUGAAUGAAAAACUAUACCCCUUUGGAGAGAUUGCGAGGACAGAAGAUUGCUUCAGAUGCAGCUGCAGCCAAGAUGCAAUGCGUUGCUGCUCCCUCUUUCAUACUCCUAUUGGUUAUGACAAAGAGAAGUGUAAAGUCGUUUUCAACAAGAAAAGCUGUGACUAUGACGUGGUGGACAAGAGUGACCCCACAAAGGAAUGCUUUGUCUAUUCUCGUGUAGGCUAA